UGCGUCAGUUGCAUCAUGCUGCGAUUGACACUGCUUGCGAUAAUCCUCGGCGUUGCCGCUACGCGGCUUGUCGAGAAAACCUUCAAACCCCAGCGUGAAUAUAUCUACCACUAUGAAACACAGACUAUCUCAGGAAUGCCCGGAUUGAGCAAGAUUUACUCUGGUCUGAAGAUAAAGGCAGUUGCACGAGUACAAUUCCACACGGCUUCGAUGGUCAGAAUGAUGUUUGAGUCUGUCCAGGUAUACAAAAUCAAUGAGGCAGUCAUGGUCAUGGAUCCCACCAAACAGAUCCUCCCUGACAGCAUCCUCACCCCUGUGUACGACAAAGAACUCAUCACACCGCUCACAUGGCCAGUUACGUUUGAGUAUGUUCGUGGACACGUGACCAACAUCAAAACUCUGACGGAUGAUCCUCAUUGGUCCGUGAACAUCAAGAGAGGUUUGAUCAGCAUCUUCGUGGUGAACACGAAACAGAAAAUGGCCACCCAACCCAAGAUACACAGUCCUUUCGGAGCCACACUCUUUAGAGCUUUUGAGACAACCUCUUCUGGUAUGUGUGAGACAGAGUACAUCGUGCACCCAGUCAAGGAGGUUCCUAACGCCAUGAAGGUGAUCAAGGUGCGAAACUUCCACAACUGUCACUCCAGACCAGUGUGGUUCAAGACGAUGAUCAACGCCUUCAAGUGCGCCGAGUGUGUGUCCGAGAUGAACCAGCCAAUCACGGAGUCCGCCCAGGUGACCUACUCGAUGCUGGGCACCAUGACCAAGUUCCUCAUCACCAGUGCCAUGGUUGAGAGUCAGUACAGCUUCAUGCCGUACACCCCGGAGAAGGGCCGAGUUACAACAUUCAUCAACCAAACGAUGCACCUGGUUGAUGCGAAGGAUAUCCGACACACCGUGCCGAUCGAGGACCUCCCACCCACGAAAGCGACAGUCCGGAGCAUCGUGUCCUUCAUCCCCGAGUACGUCCGUGAUCCGACCAUGCCGUUCGGCGACCAGAUCAGCCCGGAGGUGAAACGACCAAUGUUUGGAAUGAUUAACUACACCACAGAACACGUUGGAACGUUGCUGAAAGUGGCUGCCCAGAUUUUGACCAAAACUGUACCAGUAGAAGCCACCGAAUACCCCAUCGUCAUCGUCAACAUCCUGCGAAACGUUAAUGCCUCGGUAAUCCACGAGAUUUGGACUAAAUACGGCAUUCCAACCACAACAGAAACACCCCUCGUGACCAACAUGAGGAAAGUCUUGUGGACCACUAUGCCCAUUGCCGGAUCGUUCCCAGUCUGCCAGGAGAUCCUCACAACCUGUGUCAAGGAACUGAUUCCACUGACCACGUGCGCCAACUUCGUCAAUGCCAUGGCACUGACCGCCGAACCAAGCGUGCAUCUCUUCAACACACUCAUUAAAAUUGCGACUGGACCAACCAUGACCAUGAACGCCCAGUGGAAGCGGGCCGUGUUUCUGAGCAUCGGCGUGCUCACACACAAGAUGGUGGAGUACUACCACGUGGAGAUGACAAAGAUUCUGAAGCAGGUGACCGUGGUCGAGCAGAUCAUCCAGCUGGGCACGGAGAAGUCCAAGAAGGAAUUGCACGUGAUGCAGACCACCAUCGAGGAGACUGAGGCCCAGCUCAACACUCUGUACACACAGGUGGCGAGACAAAUCGUAGAGGUCGCGAGGAACCAGCUGGCCAAGGUUCAACCCAAUGAGAAGCUGUUGGCGCUGAAGAUGAUCGGUAACGCCGGACUGAAGGAGACUCUGCCAUACGUGGAGGAAGUCAUCUUCAACCCACAGAUGCCGGAAAUUGUUCGAGUUAACGCCAUUUUUGCCCUCAGAAGGAUUGCAACAAGAUACCCAAUACUGGUGAGAGAAAUCGUUCGUCCUGUUGUCGUGGACACGAUGGUGAAGAGCUCUUUGAGGAUUGCCGCGUUCACCAUGGUGAUGGACACGAAGCCGGAGAUAUGGGUCAUCGAAUCCAUCGCCAAGCACCUGCACCAUGAGAAAGACCUGCAAGUGGCGUCCUACAUCUACACGUACAUGCAGAGCAUGGCCAACUCCACACACCCGUGCUACCACCUACACACAAAGAACUGCUCCAUUGCUAUCCAGUAUGCGCCCAAGAUCAAUCCAGGUUUCUUGUAUUCCACGUUCCAUCGCAUCAUCACAAAUCACAAUGAUUAUGUGAAAGUGUUCGGAUUCUUGGACAUUGCUACAAUUGGAUCACCUUCCACCAUCCUGCCAGCGUCACUGAGUACGGUCUUCAACAUGCAGGCCUUGGGAGUCUCCACGAACAUCAUCGAGUUUGGAUACCACACGGAAGGACUCGAAGCCGUCGUAGACAAGCUGAUUGGACCAACUGGCAUCCUGACCAUGAAGAAAUCCAUCCUGGACAUUCUCAGAUCUCCACGAAGUGUUUCCGGAAAACACAAGAUUGAAGAAAUUAUUAAGAAGCUGGCUGUAACCAUUCGUCACCUUCCGAUCCCAACUGGUCACGCCUUCAUCAAACUGUUUGGUCAUGAGCUGAGGUACUUCACGUUUGACGAAACCAUGAUGGACAUUAUCAACAAAGCUAAGAUCACGACAAAGUUCGAUGAACAGAAAUGGAUGGUGACCCAGCCCGUUGAUGUUCGCAACAGCAUGCUGCUGGGCGACGUGCACAUCAUCUUCCCGACAGAGGCAGGUCUUCCAGUGACCAUGGCCCUCUCAAUCGCCACGACAUUCAGAAUCAACGGCUCCCUCGCAUUCAAGGUGACGCCUUCAAUCUUUGAGACGAAGAGAGCAGGAGAAGCCCCGAUUGAAGCAGCAGCCACGGUUUCCUUGACUACAAGCGCCGCUGUUGAAAUCCGUGGAUCAAUGCACAUCGAUGCCUUUGUUACUAAGGUUGGAACCGCAUUCCACAUGACAACCCACGUGAUGACUCCAGUAGCCGCUAACGUGACCUACAACAUGAUGACUCACAAACUGAUAACUGAAAUCGCUCCACCUGUACAGACAGAGCCACUGGUAGCAAUUGAAGUUGUACCUUACACGUUCGAGACCGUUGGAAUGACCACGAUGAAAAGGAAAUACAUUGAACUGGUCGAAGAAGCAAGUCUCAACGAGGUUGUUAUUGACUUCGGCAACACGACCCUGGGAAUGGAAGUCGUUGGAUACGUGAAGGUGCCAAGCACUGUGACCACCUACCCCAUCCCAUUGGCUGGCCGAACCUCGAUCACCGUGUUCAUGAGGCCCGGCGUUCACGUUCCGCCAGUGAUCAAGAUCCACGCCCAGUUCCUCUCCACCGUCGUCGCUCCCAGCACUCAGACGCCAACAACAGGUACAACUGCCACGGCCACCUCUAAUGUACCGACACAUGCCGCAACUAGUGUUAACCCAACAUCCAACUGUGAUGGCUGGUGGUCCGCCCUUACACUGUGUAUCGUUGGUUCCGAGAAUGCGCAGACCGAGCAGGCCCUGCAGAUAGCCGAGCAGACGGCGAUACCAGUGCCAGACUACCCAGACCUCACCGUCACUGACGUCACCAUUAUUCAGCUGAUGAAGAAGUUGCAGACGAAGCUGGGCACCAGCCAGAAACUCAUUAAUAUCGGUGCCAAGUGGGGUGUGGUCGUAGUGAUUGAUGCCAGUACUCCAGUAGUGCCGAGGAAGAUGCAGGUGGAAUUGCUAUGGCAGACAGUCAACAACAGACAGCUACACCAAGUCGUCGCUCAUGUGCAGAGGACUCCAAUUCCAAGCUAUGACAUGCAACCUUGGGAGAUGAUCGUUCAAUCCAUGGUUCAAUUCCCUAGCAUCGUCGUGAAACCAGAACAGGUUUUGGAUCCCUUCUACCAGGAACAGGUGGUCAGGAAUAUGCAGUUUAUGACCAAACUCAAGCACCACGUUCCCCUUCUGCAGAUGCUAAACCAGACAGUGAAGGCCAUCCUUAGCAAGGAGAUGCAGAAUAUUGCUGGAAAUGUCGAACCAGCCGUCAUGAUCAAGAAACUCAUGCUCCAAGUGAUCACCAGCCGUGAGGACCCCUUCAUCGAAUCCAUGUUCCCACUCCUGACAAACAUGACCCCGAUUAUUGAAACCAUCAUGCCUCUUUGGGACCUGGUAUGGGAUCCGAUAGAAUUGGCCAAGAAUGAAGAAUUGUUGAUAUAUUUGGUAAAAUCUGUGGAGGUAAUCCAAGCGGAACUUAUUCACAAGAUAAAGAUGUUCAAGGAAUCCCCACCAACUACCAUGUACCCCAGUGUCUUGGUUCUCCAUUACACCAUCAUGGAACACUACCGCGCCCUCGUCGUUCUAACAACCAUUGGCAACAUGACCAUGAACAUGGAGUUCAUCAAGAAAGGAACCGUAAUCUGGCAACAAACAACCCAACUCCUCAAGGAGAUGGACACUGUAUACCUGACAUUCAGUGACAUACUGUACACUGUAGUGAACCCGACUCAAAGCCAGACAUCCGACAUCGUUACAAUUGUCCAGGAAGCCACAAAGCUGUCCAGUAUUCAGGCCGCUGCAAUCAAGUCGAUCGUCACCGAUAGAACAACUGCACGUUUCCCGGUCCUCCAGCCUGUAACUGAGAUGAUUGAAGCUACCCAACAGUCUAUGUUCACUAUUGAUGCCAUACUCCUGAAAUCACUGAUAACAACCAUCCCAGUCGCCCCAGUCAUCAUUCAACUGGCACUGCAACAGAAUAUGAUCUACCUCCAGCUGGUCCACACCAAAAACAUUAUUGUAGUCCCACAACCUAUUGUAUUUGAUUACGAGAAGACAGUAGCAGAACUUCAUUCGCAGUCCGCAGUCCUGACCACACGAGCAGCUGCCAUGACUAAAUUUAUGGUUGAAUACUGGUCUGUUAAAGAUAUAUUCUCGCCUGAUGAAAUAACACUUGUUGAAAAAAUACAGCAAUUGCAACUGACCAUUGGAAUUCUGGAUACAAAGGUCUUGAGCCUGAAGCAGCUGGUUCGUCUUUCUACCUUGGAACAACAAGCUACUGAAGUGGUAAUGCAAGACAUUAAUGUGAUACUGGAUAAGACCGUUGCAUUAUUACACACAGUUGUUGACAUCACAAAUGACGUGUUGCUGCCUGGAACUGAUCCCAAGAUUAUUUUGUACGCAAAGGUCACAGCUGCAAUGGUGAAUAUGAAAUAUGUUAUGCACGAACUGAAGUCCAUCAUCCUUAGCAGUACCGUUGGAACGAACACAUUCACUUUCCUGACGGUUACAAGACAUAUUAACGUGCUGAUUAUCAACUGCACUGACAUAGAGUACACUGUCACUAGAGCCUUUGAAAACUUUGUCCUUUCCGCCAACACGCUCCUCGUCAAUCCAACUCACCCGAUGCCACAGGACCUGGUCAUGGUUACCUUGCAUAUGGUUAUGACCAACCAGAAAGAUGCGCAGAUGGAAAUCGAAAGCCUGAAAACUUCGAAACCAACAGCUCUGCCUCAUAGCAUCGAGAUGGCCAUUCGACACGUCAUGCAGCGAAUCAUGCAGUUCCAGCAGAAGAUCCAGAUGGUGGAACAGCUUGGCGUCCAGAGUAUCACCCCGAGCACUGAUCUCCUAGCAAUGGUAAUUGCGCAACAGAAGGGACUGAUUGCCGCCAUAAAGGCUGUCAUCACGUCUGUGCAGAUCCACAUUCCAAUAGUCACUCCUUGGACCCUAAUGGUGAAAACCCUGGAGCAGCAGCUCAACGAGGUGGUUCUUUCACUGAGCCAGGUCAUCGAUCUUCCCUCGACGCCACCAACAGACACCAUGACUCAAAUGACACCAGAGAAGCAGGAGCUGGUAUCUUUGCUGAAUGGCGCUCUACCCAUGGCAACGACAGGCUACGUAAACAUCACCUUUGGUACCAUUGGUCUUACUCCCAAAACAGUCAUGGCACAGAUUUUCUACAGUAAGAGUAUCGAACAGCUGCUGUGGGAGUUCACCCAGAUCAGCCCGUUUGCUCGAAGCCCAGAAAUCGACACGUACCUGACGAAAUAUAUUUCUGGACGUGAGGUUAUCAACAUGCCCAGCAUGCCAAUCGUCAAGUUGAUGAACACUUUGCUGCACGGUCAUGUUAUGGUUAAAUAUACCGAGGCCGAAAUUCCAACACCAGUGAAGACGACAUUCUGGAAAGUGAUCGGCAUGAUCCCAACCUACUGGCGAGUGAACACAGAAUUUGCCACGCCUGUCAUGACGUCCACGGGAACAGUACACGUUCUGCACCACACCCGAUUCUCCAACAUGGCCUUCGAUGUCAUAGUGAUGACCCCUACGACGACGUUCAAAUGGAAGAACAUGGCGCUGCCCAGCACCCACUACCUGCCGACUGCCCUGCUGAAGACCCUCUGGAUGCCGCUGACCGCGACUCAGCCGUGGUUCAGACGCUCAAUGUACAAUCCAUAUGGCCACAUGGUACCAGCCACCUGUGAGGUGUCUCAACAAACCGUGAAGACCUUUGACCACGUGUACUACUCCCUACCCACCAUGGGAACCUGCCGUGCAGUACUGGCCAUGGACUGCUCCCCUCUGAAAUCAUUCGUUGUCGCAGUCACUCCAAUGACCCCAGAUUUCAUGACGAAGACCCUGCAAAUCAUCACCGCCGACUGGAUAGUUGACAUCAUCCCCUCGGGAUCGACGUUCAUCGUGAAGAUCAACAACGCUGUGCAGACCGUGGAGCCCGGCAAGCCAGUCAUCAUCGAAAAGACCCUCACCUACGGCAUUAAAUCUGUUGCUCUGAAGAUCUUUGUUGACCGAUUCUUGUGGGUGGAGAUGCCUCUGAUUGGACUCCAAAUAAUGACAAACGGCGACUACAUCAAGACUCAUGUGUCAACAAUAUUCAGAAGUAAGACAUGCGGUCUAUGCAGCAACUUCGAUGGCCAAUGGGUAGCCGAAUAUGAAGGACCAAAGGGCAACGUGUACACCGUUCCAACUCCGUUCGUUUCCAGCUACCUCAUCCCGGAACCUCAGUGCCACCACGAGAAGAUCCACCGCAAAUUUGCCAACUCCUACCCCACCGGGCACGCUAAAACCUGCGUCAUUUCGCAUACGACCCUGAUCAAGACUCUUAAGAAAAGCAAGCAGAUCUGCUUCUCCCUAGUCUCAGUUAAAGAAUGCCCCGCCACGUGCAAUGCCACGACCACCGCUGAGAGGAAAGUUGAUAUGUACUGCGUUACUAUGGACACGCCCGAGGCCAAGAAGAUUGAAACCGAGGUUACUCUAGGCAAAACAGAGAUUCUGAAGGGAAAACCAAAGUCCAACACCCAGAAGGUGACAGAACCGACGAAAUGUGUGCCGAUAGAGUAAGUGACACGAACUUUACCUGACCCCACCAUUCCCAUGGACUACGAGUAUUAAUGUUGCAUGUAAAUGGACGCUGUCAACGAUGUGUUUUAUAUGUGUUGGCUAUAAUGUGUGUUUUGUAAGUGUCUUUGUUUUUUGUGUUAUAUAAUAUAAUACAUAAUGGACAUGAUAAUCUAUAUUGUCUUAACAUCAUUUACAUAACACGUAAAAAAUGUUUUAGUUUUUUUAAUAUUCCACAUAUUAACAUCUAUCCUGGCAUAUCUCCUAAUAUUAUUCCAUUAGGACUACCAAAAACAUAUCAAUUUGUAACAUAUUGUUUGUUCGGUGUAUUGGUGUUAAAAUGUGUUUUGUUAUGUUGUUUAGACCGUCUUGUCUUGUCUCGUCUUGUGUUGUGCUGUUGCUUGUCGUGUUUGUAACAAUAAAAAUGCUAAAGCAAAUUUCAAAUGAA